AUGCCGUCCGUUGUCGCCCUUCGCCCUCCCGACCGGACCGACUGGACUCACUGGAUGAAUUCACAGCACUGCAAUGGACGGUGUGGGCCUGCAACUGCCCUCCUAGACGACCGAAACAUGCAUACCUCUCGCGCUGCCUUGAAAAUUGAUACCGACCGUCGUUUCUCCCACCACGCCGCGCUCGACUCAUCUAACGAGGGCCCCAGUCCAGCUAAGCUCCGUCGAAGAGCAUCUCAAGGAUCUCUACGAACCAAGCCAUCCCCCGUCUCACGCUUUCUAUCCAAGAGCAGUGUGGCUGUCCACUUUCCUUCCUGGGACCAACGUAGCUCCUCCCCGGUCUUGCCAUCUCGAAACCGCUCGGCCGAUUCCCGACUGCGCUUGUCCACCACCGUGUCUCGCGGGCCGAGACCGUUGACGGCUCAUUCCCGCUCUCCUUCAGCAUCUUCUUCGCCGUGGAAUUCGCCUCCAUCUUCUUUCCAGUCGGAUUACCCGGCUACUUUGCCGCCUACGCCGCCGGAGGACGAUAGCCACAUUGCGUGGAACCCCCAGUCGGAAAUGCUGCUCUUUGAUGAUCAACCGCACCAAGAGGCGGGCUCUUCGGCCAUGAUGGAUGAGGGUCCCGGGAUAGAUACUUCGUCGACGGGUCGUUCGGACACUCUGAGCAGUCCGUCCGACGGGUCUACUCAUGGGUCUUCGAGCUCGGGUGGUAGUCCCGGUCCUCAGGACGAGAUGGAUUUGCAACAGGAUGUAGGAUCGUGGCUGGACCAUGGCAUCAAUGUGACUGUAUCUUCAUUGGGGAUUUCUAACCCGCGAGGGGAAGCCGUCAAGAUUGUCUCGCAAACACUUCCAUACCCACGACCUUCCGACCAGUCGAUCUCUGUCCCAAGGAACGACAGUAUCUUCUACUCCAUUGUCCGAUCUGUGCACAACCACCUACAGCCCGGCCACUCCCCUUAUAUCAAUGUCACCCACGCCGUCCCCGAACAAUUCAGUCUCUCCAACCUCCCCCACUCUCCCCCCAGUACCCCUCACUCCCCCACCGCUGCCGAUGAAUACUUCAACGCAACUGUCUUUUCCAGCGCUGCCGUUGUAGGUGCCUACCAUGACUACCGUGGGCCCAUCCAACGGCAGAUUGCACACGCCCCGAUGCCCAUUGUACCACCCCACAGUGUUCAUAUCUCCGUUCUUGAGCGAUACCUCCCUCCACCAUCUGCUCAAGAGUACCGCGAUGUCUUUUGCGCUACUCGCCCAUCUUUCCUAGUCGAUCGUCUUUGUGAGCUGUCUCCAGACGGCGGCUCUCUCCUCUUCGUCUACCCCACCAAGAAGGGUGCCUCGACCUUCAAGUCCCAGUACUUGGGUCCCCUUCUUGACCCGCUGCUACGCCAGCUGGUCGUAGUCAAUGGUCUCUCUGCCGAUGUGGGCCGUUAUCUGGGCAAGCUCUCAACUGUUUCCAUGAUGGACGACUUUGCCACGAUGAAGGCCAACAUCGUUGCCCUCUGCGAGGAUCUGAGUUCUUCAUCCUCGCAGUUCCACGUUGCGGAUGCCGGCAAGGCCAGCGCCCAUCUGGACCGUGAUCUCUGGGUGGAAUGGUAUAUCCAUCAAGAGAAGGCCCGGAUGAAGGAGGUGCUGAGCCUGUACUGCCAGAAUGGCCGCCGUCCACCGAUCAGCAAGGCCCUCACCACCGGUGGCUCCAGCGGUCUUAUGCCCGACAAGGAAGUUACCUCUUCCAUGCUUCUGGGCGAGAUCUUCGACGGCAUCCGCAAGCGCCACUAUGGCGAGGACAAUGAGCCUAGGGAUGGUGUUGAGCUGGGUGUGUUCGUGAUCCGACGCAGCCACUAA